AUGCUAUAUAUUGGAGGAGGUUUACUUGAAUUUCACAAACGCUAUAAGUUAGUCUUUGAGGUCACAACUGAUAUAAUAUCGAGUCAGUUAUACAAUCAACUGCAAUUCAAAACUCAACAGCAAAUAAUGAUUUCAUCACAAAAUAAAAUUCUGCAUCAUGGGGCUGCUGAUGAGAGGCAAAAAAAGAAUGAAAUGAUGAAAAAGGAAUUGGAGACAAAAGCUGGCACAUUUGUUUUGUUCCUGUCCGUGAAUCAACAUGUCACUGAAGAUGAACUCAGCACUAUGCUGCAGUUGUUAUUUGUUCACCAGUACGAUGAUGCGAUUCGGGAAAGAGCCAAUUCUGCAUUUUGUGGAUAUCCUCUAUGUCCAGCUAAACUUAUUGUGAAAUUUUGCGGCAACCAGUGUUUCCUAUCUUCAAAGCAUCUGAGGAAACAGAUAUCAGCAGACCCAUUGAUAGAUCGCAUCAUGAAUGUCAGGAAAUUUGACUACCUCAGGAAUCAGUCCAACUUCGAAAAAUCUGAAAUCAUACAAAAGCCACCAGGUGACAGUCUCGCUGAUAAAAUUAAAAAAAUGAGUCUCAGGGAGCACGAUGAUCACAAUGGUGACGACGACUAUGAUAAUGAUGGUUACAGAAAUAAUUACAGCAUGAAUAGAUGCGACGAUUACAAUGGCUUCGAUUAUGAUGAUGAUGAUGAAGAUAAAUUAAAAAAAAUUUUGCCAAAAAGAAACCCGGAGCUAAAGAAGAAAACGGAAACAAGACGCACAGUGAUGCUGCAAAGUUUGUUUGAAAUAUUGGGAGUUGCCACCAAUGAUCUCAGCGCCAGCAGCAGCAGCGCCAGCAACUUUGUCAACAUGUUCGACAUCAACAUCGACAGCAACAACAUCAUCGUGCCAACAAUUACGACGACUAUUGAAAGAUCUGACGGACGCAGAAACUGUUACAGCAUAUAA